ACUGUCAUAUGUUUAAUCGUUAUCGCUAGUUGCUGCAACACGUGCGCGCUUCUUUUAUAAGGAAAUCUUUUGUUUUUAACCAUUAAAAUAUAUUAAAAACGUAACCCACUAAGCACCAUGUCCAUCCGGGAGAAGCUGCUAAUGAAGAAGAUUGUGAAAAGGGAGAAAAUGAAGAAGGAACUGUCGCAAAAGGGCAAAGGCAAGCCUCAAGUGGCCGAGCCACCGCAACAGAAAAAUAAUAAAGCGGGCAAAAAACAGCAAAAGCCAAGCAAAAAGCGUGUGGAGCAGGAGGAGAACAAUGAUUUAGAGGAGGAUUUCCAGGAGGCACCAGCGCCGCCCAAAAAGAAGCAACAAAAACAACAACAAAAACGGCCACAGAUUCAGGUGGCCAACUCUGAUUCGGACUCAGACGAGGAUGAGGAGGAGGACGACAGCGUAGACCAGGAGGAGGAGGAGGAGGAAGAUGAAGACCAAGAUGUGUCCAACGGAAGUGAGGAAGAUGAGCCGGAGGAAGAUGAAGCUGAUGACGAACCUGUGCCCGCCAAGAAGACAAAGCUGCUGCCCAACAAGCUGGAGAAUGGCAAACCGGUGAAAGAUGAUGAGCCCUUCACGGUGGAGUCAUCUCUAGCAGCCCUUGAUUACCGGGAUUCGGAUGACCGAAGCUUCAGUUCCUUAAAAGGAGCCGUAUCCGAGGCGACGUUGCGAGCUGUCAAAGAGAUGGGCUUCACCGAGAUGACUGAAAUCCAGGCGAAAUCACUGACACCCCUUUUAAAGGGACGCGAUCUUGUGGGUGCUGCCCAAACGGGAUCCGGAAAAACGCUGGCCUUCCUUAUUCCCGCCGUGGAGCUGAUCAACAAGCUGCGAUUUAUGCCGCGCAACGGCACCGGUGUCAUAAUCAUCUCACCAACCCGAGAGUUGUCCAUGCAAACGUUUGGUGUGCUCAAGGAGCUGAUGGCACACCACCAUCACACCUAUGGCUUGGUAAUGGGCGGCUCCAAUCGUCAGGUGGAGAGCGAAAAGCUGGGAAAGGGUAUCAACAUUCUGGUCGCCACGCCUGGCCGCCUGCUGGAUCAUCUGCAAAACUCGCCCGAUUUUCUGUACAAGAACCUGCAGUGUCUGAUUAUCGAUGAGGUGGAUCGUAUUUUGGAGAUUGGGUUCGAAGAGGAGCUCAAGCAAAUCAUUAAUCUGUUGCCAAAACGCCGCCAAACGAUGCUCUUCUCUGCCACACAGACGGCUCGCAUCGAUGCCUUGUCCAAAUUGGCCUUGAAGGCGGAACCCAUUUAUGUGGGUGUCCACGACAACCAGGACACGGCCACUGUUGACGGUCUCGAGCAGGGAUAUAUUGUGUGCCCAUCCGAGAAGCGGCUCCUCGUCCUCUUUACGUUCCUCAAGAAGAACCGCAAGAAGAAGGUGAUGGUAUUCUUUUCAUCCUGCAUGUCCGUCAAGUACCACCAUGAGCUCUUCAACUACAUUGACCUGCCGGUUACCUCCAUCCAUGGCAAGCAGAAGCAGACGAAGCGAACGACGACCUUCUUCCAGUUCUGUAACGCCGAGUCUGGCAUCCUGCUGUGUACAGAUGUGGCUGCCCGAGGUCUGGACAUUCCGCAGGUGGAUUGGAUCGUGCAGUUCGAUCCUCCAGAUGAUCCGCGCGAGUACAUUCACAGGGUGGGCCGAACGGCCAGAGGAUCGGGCACCUCCGGUCACGCCCUGCUUCUGAUGCGACCCGAGGAGCUGGGCUUCCUGCGCUACCUUAAGGCUGCCAAGGUACCGCUCAAUGAGUUUGAGUUCUCCUGGCAGAAGAUUGCAGACAUUCAGCUUCAGUUGGAGAAACUCAUAGCGAAAAACUACUUCCUCAACCAGUCGGCUAAGGAGGCAUUCAAAUCAUAUGUGCGGGCCUACGACUCGCACCAGCUGAAGCAGAUCUUCAAUGUGAACACGCUGGACCUGCAGGCGGUGGCCAAGAGCUUUGGAUUCCUGGUGCCGCCCGUGGUUGACCUGAAGGUGGGCGCGGCCAAGCGCGAACGGCCAGAGAAGAGAGUUGGCGGCGGUGGUUUCGGUUUCUACAAGCAGAUGAACGAGGGAUCGGCCUCCAAGCAGCGACACUUCAAGCAGGUCAACCGGGACCAGGCCAAGAAGUUUAUGCGUUAGACUUAGAUUAAGCAGAUAUACCAUUGCACAUUGUAGAGUCUGCUACCUUAUUUGAGUGUGUAUGUAUACAUAUAUAGGCAAGAGAUAUUAAAGUAAAUGUUUCCAUUUCA